GUAUACAUAUGUUAAAUGUCGUUUGACAUCAGAACUGUCAGAAAUAAAUUAAUUGUAUAAGCAUUCAAGGAGUAAUUAUGCCUAGAGAACAUUUUGGUUGGUAUUAUACUGAAACUAAUGGAGUUUUUCCCAAAACCACAACCCAGGAAAUGCUCGAAAAUGUCCAUAACACUGCUACACCGGCAAAAAGAGGAGCCCAUAAGCAACUAGUAUCCUUUUCGACUAGUUUACCCCAUCAUGAUCAUUUAGCAUCGUCAAACUUUUCUGUGACCAUUCCCUUGACAACAUCCUAUAAUCGUGACUAUGCGCCACCAUUUGAUAAUUAUAUUUGUGUGCCUCUUGUGAAUGUAGAAACCGAGCCAGAUCCUUUGUUUAAUCGAAAACCAUGCAAUGAGUUUGAAAUGCGACAAUCAUGCGAAUAUAAAUUUAUGGAUGACCACUUUAUAAAUCACUCGGAAUCAAGAAAGAAAAUAAAUUUCAUGCGGCAAAUAAGGAAUACUCACCACAAAAUCGCCUGAUUGUUGUAUUCAAAUUUUUCUGCUCCAAUUAUUUUUCUAUAAAAUUAUAUUUUUAGCUCUUUGGUUUCGUAAAUAAAAAUUUCUUUUUAUUUCA